UUGCCAGAGUCACGUAUCAAAACCAUCGACUGGACGUUCAAAACUAGCCCAAAAGCAUCACAAUGACUAUUCACAGCCCAAAUACGUAUAAACGAAAUAAUGUAAUCUUUAACCCGCAGAAAAUAACAACUGGUGGAAACAGUUUAAACAAAUCCCAAAUCUAAACUCGAAAAAAGCAGAGGACUUGGCAACGCUACGCUUGCGACAGCAUCUCUCGUUGGAGUUCACGCUUUACUCUGUAUAAAAGUCAAAACUGAGUUGGAGUUGUUCUUAAGAAGUUUUCCGAUAUAGCUGAUAUAUGUGAGUUUCUACAAAGAGAAAUCAUGAACUUCAGACUCUCAUCACUGAUCCUGCUGUUACACAUUCAAGGGUUCCUAACAUUGGAUAACUUUAAUGUAACCUGUGAUGAAUUGAAUAUUUGUGCUGUGAUGGGGACACGUGUGACAGUGAAGUGUUUUUACUCAAACAUCAACAUCAAAACUGUGUUCUGGUUCAGUCAGAAACAGAGAACAAACUGGAGAAACAAAGAUGAACCUGAAGAUUUGACUUUAGAUUCAGAUUACUCAGGACGAGUGUGUCAGAGGAUCACUGAAGAUUACUCAAAGCUAAUAAUAUCAGAUCUGAGAGAGAGAGACAGUGGAGAAUAUCAGCUCAUGUUCAUUAUGAAGGAUGGAGUUAAACAUCUCAGCUCAGUCACAGUCAAUCUAACAGUUUCAGGUUUACAGGUGAAGAUGAAUCUUGAAUCUACAGGACAGCGAGCAAAACUGAGCUGUGAUUCCUCCUGCCCUUUAACUUCUGAAUAUGAUUACCACUGGUACAAGAAUGGACAACAUUUAACAAAAAAACAAAACAUAUUUGUAUCAUUCAUUGGACACACUGACAGUUAUUUCUGCUCUAAGUCUUUUUUAGGGUCCACUUUAUCUGUGUGUAGCUGUUGGGGUGUGACUUACACCUCUAUGAGUGUUUGUGCUUUAGUGGGAUCAACAGUAGAUAUUCACUCUUCAUACAAACAUCCCACUGGAUAUACAGUAGAGGAAACAUACUGGGAAUUUCAAAACAGACACUUGGCUCUACAUGAGGAUCAUCAGUUUUCUGGUCGUGUGGAGUAUUUGGGAAACACACUGAGAAUAAAAAAUGCCAGCAUGAGUGACACUGGAAGAUAUCAGUUCAGGAUCAACACUAACACAUCAGAUGAAGUUAUUGGUUCUCCUGGAGUCUAUCUUAUUGUUACAGCACACACAUCUCUUAAGUUUUUCUUUCUGGAUACAUUCGAGUCCUUUCAGGACUCUCAUCAGGAUGAGGAUGCUAAACUAGACGUUUCCAGCAUACCUCUAAGUUUGUGCCAGGCCUAG